UUUUAAAAGAAGACUUAGAAAAGUCUUUGGAUUGUAUUGAAACUCCACAGAAAUGGCCAAGUAUGGAGACCAGGAGACCAGGCCUGAUGAUGGGCAGAACGAAUUCAGCGACAUCAUUAAGUCCAGAUCGGAUGAACACAAUGACGUACAGAAGAAAACUUUUACCAAAUGGAUAAAUGCUCGAUUUUCAAAGAGCGGAAAGCCACCCAUCCAUGACAUGUUCACAGACCUCAAAGAUGGAAGGAAACUACUGGAUCUGCUCGAAGGCCUUACAGGAACAUCCCUGCCAAAGGAACGCGGGUCCACACGGGUCCACGCUUUGAAUAAUGUCAACAGAGUACUCCAGGUCUUACAUCAGAAUAAUGUGGAUUUAGUGAACAUCGGCGGGACAGACAUCGUCGAUGGAAAUCACAAACUGACUUUGGGGUUACUUUGGAGCAUCAUUUUGCACUGGCAGGUGAAAGAUGUAAUGAAGGAUAUCAUGUCAGACCUGCAGCAGACAAACAGCGAGAAGAUUCUGCUGAGUUGGGUGCGCCAGUCUACCAGGCCGUACAGUGAGGUCAACGUUCUCAACUUCACUACCAGCUGGACAGAUGGACUCGCCUUUAAUGCAUUGCUUCAUAGACAUAAACCUGAUCUCUUCAGCUGGGAUAAAGUUAUCAGGAUGUCUGCAGUUGAAAGACUGGAACAUGCCUUCAGCAAAGCUCAGACCUACCUGGGAAUUGAAAAGCUGUUAGAUCCUGAAGAUGUUGCCGUUCAGCUUCCUGACAAGAAAUCCAUAAUUAUGUAUCUGACAUCUUUGUUUGAAGUGCUACCUCAGCAAGUCACUCUGGAUGCCAUUCGUGAGGUCGAGACACUCCCCAGAAAAUACAAGAAGGAAUGUGAAGAAGGAGAAAUCAACAUUCAGAGUUCAGCAUCAGAGGGGCAUGCGAGUCCCCGAGCUGAAACCCCCAGCACCGUGGCUGAGGUUGAUAUGGAUCUGGACAGCUAUCAGAUAGCCCUGGAGGAAGUGCUGACCUGGUUGCUUUCAGCGGAGGACACAUUCCAGGAGCAGGAUGACAUUUCUGAUGAUGUCGAAGAAGUCAAAGACCAGUUUGCCACCCAUGAAGCUUUUAUGAUGGAACUGACCGCUCACCAGAGCAGUGUGGGGAGUGUCCUACAGGCAGGAAACCAGCUGAUAACCCAAGGCACUCUGACAGAUGAAGAAGAAUUUGAGAUUCAGGAACAAAUGACGCUGCUGAAUGCCAGAUGGGAGGCGCUGAGGGUGGAGAGCAUGGGGAGACAGUCCCGGCUACACGAUGUGCUCAUGGAGCUGCAGAAGCAGCAGCUGCAGCAGCUCUCCGCCUGGUUAACGCUCACCGAAGAGCGGAUUCAGAAGCUGGAAACCUGCCCCCUGGACGACGAGUUAACAUCCCUGCAGAAGCUGCUAGAAGAUCAUAAAAGUUUGCAAAGUGAUCUUGAGGCUGAACAAGUGAAGGUAAAUUCAUUAACUCACAUGGUGGUGAUCGUCGAUGAGAACAGUGGCGAGAGUGCCACAGCUGUACUGGAAGAUCAGUUGCAGAAACUCGGUGAACGGUGGACAGCUGUGUGCCGCUGGACAGAGGAGCGCUGGAAUAGGUUACAGGAACUCAAUCUAUUGUGGCAGGAGUUACUGGAAGAACAGUGUUUGUUAAAGGCUUGGCUAACAGAAAAAGAAGAGGCCUUAAAUAAAAUCCAGACAAGCAGCUUCAAAGACCAGAAGGAAUUAAGUGUCAGUGUUCGGCGACUGGCAAUUUUAAAAGAAGACAUGGAAAUGAAGCGUCAAGCCCUGGAUCAGUUGAGUGAGAUUGGGCAGGAUGUGAGUCAAUUAAUUGAUAAUCCCCGAGCAUCUGAGAAGAUCAACAGCGACUCAGAGGAACUGACUCAGAGAUGGGAUUCUCUGGUUCAGAGACUAGAAGAUUCUUCUAACCAGGUGACUCAGGCUGUAACCAAGCUGGGUAUGUCCCAGAUUCCUCAAAAGGAGCUUUUGGAAACCGUUCGAAUAAGAGAACAAGUAACGACAACGAAAAGAACAAAGCAAGAGCUGCCUCCCCCUCCCCCACCCAAGAAGAGACAGAUUCCUGUGGAUAUGGACAUUAAGAAAAAGUUUGAUGCUGUAAGUGCAGAGCUAUUGGACUGGAUUUUGAAGUCAAAGACUGCCAUUCAGGCUGCAGAGAUAAAAGAGUUUAAGAAGAUGCAAGAGACUUCAGAAGUGAAAAAGAAAUUGAAGGUCUUAGAAAAAGAACAAUCAGAAAGAAGCCCCAGACUGGAAGAAUUAAACCUCACCGGACAGACUCUUUUGGAGCAAAUGAGAAAAGAAGAUCUUCCUACUGAAGAAAUAACAGAUAUUCUGGAGAAGGUCUUGUCAGAAUGGAAGAGUGUAUCUCGGCGUUUGGAAGAUAUGGCAAGAGAGAUCCAGCUACAGGAAGAUAUAAACACUUACUUUAAGCAACUUGAUGAGCUUGACAAAAUCGUGAGGUCAAAGGAGGAGUGGGUCAAACAAGCUCCUUUUGCAAAAUCCUCCCAGAAGUCCUUGCCAGGGGUGAAGGAUGCCUGUCAGCGAGAAUUGACACAUCUCCUUGACCUUCACCCCCAAAUUGAGCUGGUGCGUGCAAACUGCUCUGCCCUGAAGUCUCAGGCCUCUGCUCCUGAUUUUGUUCAGCAGGCUUUCGAGAGCUCGCUGGCCCGCUACCAAGCUGUGCUGCACGAUUUAGAGGCUCAGCAGGAACAAUUCGAGAAUGAAAAGGAGGGCCGGCCCAGGCACACCUACAUGGAAACACUGAAAAAACUGAAAGAGGUGCUGAAAGACUCAGAAAAGCAGGCCCAGGCAUCUUUGAGUAUCUUGAAUGAUCCUACAAAGGCAGAGAAGGCCCUGCAAGAAACCAAGGCCCUUGAUGAAAUCCUUGAGAGCCAAAAACCUAUGCUACAUAAACUUGCAGAGGAAAUGAAGACUUUGGAGAAAAAUGUUUCUCCAGAUAUAGAAAGAAUAAAGCAAGAAUGUGAUGAUGUCCAAGGAAAGUGGAACAAAUUAAAGAUGAAGGUUUCCAAAGAUUUGCUUUUGCUUGAAGAAAUUAUUCCAAAACUCAAGACUUUUGAGGCUGAUUCGAAAGUCAUUGAGAAGUGGAUGGAUGGUGUGAAGGAUGUAAUGAAAGAGCCGGCUGUCCAUGGGGACGAUGAAGGGCUGCAAAGACAGCUUGACCAGUGCUCUGCAUUUGUUGAUGAAAUAGAAGCAGUUGAGUCAUCUCUGAAAGACAUGAAGGAAAUUGAAGCAGGACUUCGAAGCUGUCCUAUUUCUGGAGUGAGAACAUGGAUGCAAGAAAAGCUAGCAGACUACCAAACCCAGCUGGAGAGAUUUAGCAGGGAGGUGGCUAUUCAAAAAAGUAGGUUGUCUGAAAGUCAGGAAAAGACAUCGAACUUGAAGAAAGACUUGGCAGAAAUGCAGGAAUGGAUGAGCCAGGCUGAAGAGGAGUACCUGGAGAGGGAUUUUGAAUACAAGUCUCCGGAAGAACUUGAGAAUGCUGUGGAGGAGAUGAAGAGGGCGAAAGAGGAUGUAUUGCAAAAGGAAGUGAGAGUGAAGAUUCUCAAGGACAACAUCAAGUUAUUAGCUGCAAAAGCGCCCUCUGGUGGCCAGGAAUUGACUUCUGAACUGAAUGUUGUGCUGGAGAAUUACCAACUUCUUUGCUACAGAAUCCGAGGAAAGUGCCACACUCUCGAGGAGGUUUGGUCUUGUUGGAUUGAACUGUUGCACUAUUUGGAUCUCGAGACCACCUGGCUCAAUACUCUGGAAGAGCGAACAAAGGGCACAGACACCCUCCCUGAGAAGACAGAGGCUGUCAGCGAAGCUCUAGAGUCUCUAGAAUCUGUUUUGCGACACCCAGCAGAUAACCGAACCCAGAUUCGAGAACUAGGCCAAACUCUGAUCGACGGAGGGAUCCUUGAUGAUAUAAUCAGUGAGAAACUGGAGAUGUUCAAUAGUCGGUAUGAAGAACUGAGUCGCCUGGCAGAGAGCAAGCAGAUUUCUUUGGAAAAGCAACUACAGGUCCUAAGGGAAAAUGACCACAUGCUUCAAGUCUUACAGGAGAGUUUAGGGGAACUAGACAAGCAACUCACAACUUACUUGACGGAUCGAAUAGAUGCCUUCCAGCUUCCACAGGAAGCACAGAGAAUCCAAGCAGAGAUCACAGCCCAUGAGCUAACUCUCGAGGAGUUGAGAAGAAAUACCCGCUCUCCGCCCCCAUCCUCCCCCGAAAGUAGGAGUGCACGAGGAGGAGGACAAGUUGACGUGCUGCAGAGGAAGCUUCGAGAGGUGUCCACCAAGUUCCAGCUCUUCCAGAAGCCUGCUAACUUUGAGCAGCGCAUGCUGGACUGCAAGCGUGUGUUGGAUGGCGUGAAAGCAGAACUUCCGGUUAUGGUUGUGAAGGAUGUGGACCCUGAUGUCAUACAGACCCACCUGGACAAGUGUAUGAAACUUUACAAAACAUUGAGUGAAGUCAAACUUGAAGUGGAGACUGUAAUCAAAACCGGAAGGCACAUUGUGCAAAAGCAGCAAACUGACAACCCCAGGGACAUGGAUGAGCAGCUGACUUCCCUGAAGGUCCUCUACAAUGACCUGGGUGCCCAGGUGACUGAGAGCAAACAAGAUCUGGAAAGAGCAUCACAAUUGGCCCGGAAGUUGAAGAAAGAGGCUGGUAUUCUCUCUGACUGGCUUUCUGUCACUGAGACAGAGUUGGUGCAGAAAUCUACAUCAGAAGGUUUGUUCGGUGACUUGGAUACAGAAAUUUCCUGGGCAAAAAAUAUUCUGAAGGAUCUGGAAAAGAGAAAAGCUGAUCUGAAUACCAUCACAGAGAAUAGUGCUGCCCUCCAGAGUUUGAUCGAGGGCAGUGAGCCUGUUUUGGAAGAGAGACUCUGCGUGCUCAAUGCCGGCUGGAGCCGAGUCCGUACCUGGACCGAGGACUGGUGCAAUACCUUGCUGAAUCAUCAGAACCAGUUGGAAAUAUUUGAUGGGAAUGUUGCUCACAUAAGUACCUGGCUUUAUCAGGCUGAAGCCCUGUUGGAUGAAAUUGAGAAAAAAACAGCAAGUAAACAGGAAGAAAUUGUGAAGCGUUUAUUAUCGGAGCUGGAUGAUGCUACGCUUCAAGUUGAAAGUGUCCGAGAUGAAGCCAACAUUCUGAUGAGUGCUCGUGGAGGCUCAAGCAGGGAGCUGGUAGAACCCAAAUUAGAAGAACUCAACAGAAACUUUGAAAAGGUGUCUCAACAUAUCAAAAAUUCCAAGUUGCUGAUUGGCCAGGAACCAUUAUCAUACCAACGUCUGACCAGAGUGGAAAACUUUGAAGCAGGAGUACCUUUCUAUGACUUGGAAAAAUUAGAAAUGGACAUAGAAAGUAUGUUGAAAGUUGUGGAAAAGUGCGUGGAACCCAGUGACGAAGAGGAAAAGAUGGAUGCGGAGAGAGCCCAGAUUGAGGAAGUUCUUCAGAGAGGAGAGCAAAUGUUACACCAACCAAUGGAGGAUAGUAAAAAAGAGAAGAUCCGUUUGCAGUUAUUACUUUUGCACACAAGAUAUAAUAAAACUAAGGUAAUUCCUAUUCAGCUGAGGAAAACAGUUCAGCUUGGUUCUGGAAUGAGAUCAUCACUUCUCCCUGCAGAUUAUCUGGUAGAAAUUAACAAAGUUUUAUUUUCUGUGGAUGAUGUGGAAUUAUCACUUAAUACUCCAGAGUUAAGCACUGUUGUCUAUGAAGAUUUCUCUUUUCAGGAAGAUUCUUUGAAGACUAUCAAAGACCAACUGGACAAACUUGGAGAGCAGAUUGCAGUCAUUCAUGAAAAACAACCAGAUGUUAUCCUUGAAGCUUCUGGGCCAGAAGCUAUCCAGAUCCGAGAUUCACUUACACAAUUGAAUGCAAAAUGGGAUAGAGUUAAUAGAUUGUUUGAUGAUCAUAAAAGUCAUUUUGAGAGAGCAGUGGAAGACUGCAAACAGUUCCAUUGUGACCUUAAUGACCUUGUGCAGUGGGUCACAGAAGCUGAGGAGUUACUGGCUGAGUCCUCUGCUCCAGAUGGGGGCCUCGACUUAGAGAAGGCCAGGAGACAUCAGCAGGAGCUGGAAGAGGGAAUCAGCAGCCACCAGCCCAGUUUUGCAGCACUGAACAGAACGGGAGACAGUAUUGUACAGAAGCUCUCCCCCACAGAUGGAAGCUUCUUGAAGGACAAGCUGGCAGGUUUAAACCUGCGCUGGACGGCCGUCGUUGCAGACGUGAAGGAUCGGAGGCCCAGGUUAAAAGGUGAGAGUAAACAGGUGAUGGAAUACAGAAGAAGACUAAGUGAGGUCAUCUGUUGGUUAACAAAGGCUGAGAAUGCUGUGCAAACAAAAUCAUCCACUGAUCUGGAAAAAAACCUUCAAGAGUUAACAGACUUAAACCAGCAGAUGAGCAUACAAGAUGAGAAGCUCAAAUGGUUGAAUAGAACUGAUUUGGAAAUGCUUUCGGAUAAAAGUCUAAGUUUACAUGAAAAAGAGAAAAUUUCAGAAAGCUUAAGAACUGUAAAUGCAACAUGGAAUAAGAUAUCCAGAGAAGUGCCUAUUGUACUGAAGGAACAUAUCCAAGCACUCUCUUCCGUUUCUCAGACAAGAGCUGUUGCUCUUCCUAACGUCCAAAAGGUGGUGCUAGCCUCCUCUGCAUCAGAGAUGCCUGUUCUGUCUCACCGUACCUCGGACAGUUCCAUUCCCACUGACCUGGAUAAGAUGAUAACAGAGCUGGCUGACUGGCUGGUGUUGAUCGACCAGAUGCUGAAGUCCAACAUUGUCACUGUCGGGGACGUUCAGGAGAUCAACCAGACGGUUUCCCGUAUGAAGAUCACAAAGGCUGAUUUGGAACAACGCCAUCCUCAACUCGACUAUGUUUUUACAUUGGCACAGAAUUUGAAAAAUAAAGCUUCCAGUUCUGAUGUGAGAACAGCAAUCACAGAAAAAUUGGAAAAGGUCAAGAACCAAUGGGAUGGUACUCAGCAUGGUGUUGAGCUAAGACAGCAGCAACUGGAGGACAUGAUCAUCGACAGUAUUCAGUGGGAAGACCACAAGGAGGAAACUGAGGAACUUCUGAGAAAACACGAGGCUCAGCUCUAUGUUCUUCAGCAGGCCCGAAGGGAGCCGCUAAUCAAACAGAUCGCUGAGAACCAAAUGCUGCUUCAAGAACUGGGGCCUGGGGAUAGUGUUGUAAUGGCCUUUGAGAAUGUUCUUCAGAAAUUGCUAGAAGAUUAUGGCAAUGAUGACACUCGGAAUGUGAAGGAAACCACUGACUACUUGAAAACCUCAUGGCUCAAUCUGAAACAAAGCAUCACUGACAGACAGAAUGCCCUGGAGGCUGAGCUGAGGACAGUACAGGCCAGUCGCAGAGACCUGGAAAACUUUUUAAAGUGGAUCCAAGAAGCAGAAACCACUGUCAAUGUGCUUGCAGAUGCGUCUCAGAGGGAGAAUGCUCUUCAGGAUACGCUCCUGGCCAGGGAACUCACCCAGCAGAUGCAGGAUAUCCAGGCAGAAAUUGAUGCCCAUAAUGACAUAUUCAAAAGUAUUGAUGGGAACAGACAGAAGAUGGUGAAAGCUUUGGGAAAUUCUGAAGAGGCAACUAUGCUUCAACAUCGGCUGGAUGAUAUGAACCAAAGAUGGAAUGACUUGAAAGCAAAGUCAGCGAGCAUCAGGGCCCAUUUGGAGGCCAGUGCUGAGAAGUGGAACAGGUUACUGACGUCUUUGGAAGAACUGAUCAAAUGGCUGAAUCUGAAAGAUGAAGAGCUGAAAAAACAAAUGCCUAUCGGAGGGGAUGUUCCUGCCUUACAGCUCCAAUACGAUCACUGUAAAGCUCUGAGACGCGAGUUGAAGGAGAAAGAAUAUUCUGUCCUGAACGCUAUAGACCAGGCUCGGGUGUUCCUGGCUGAUCAGCCAAUUGAGGCCCCAGAAGAGCCACGACGAAACCCACAAUCAAAAGCAGAAUUGACUCCUGAGGAGAGAGCCCAAAAGAUUGCCAAAACCAUGCGCAAACAGUCUUCUGAAGUCAAAGAGAAAUGGGAAAGUCUCAAUGCAGUGACGAACAGUUGGCAAAAGCAAGUGGACAAGGCGUUGGAGAAGCUCAGAGACCUACAGGGAGCCAUGGAUGACCUGGACGCUGACUUGAAGGAGGCCGAGGCUGUGAGGAAUGGAUGGAAGCCCGUGGGAGAUUUGCUCAUUGACUCACUGCAGGAUCACAUCGAGAAAACCAUGGCAUUUAGGGAAGAAAUCGCACCAAUCAACUUAAAAGUUAAGACCAUGAAUGACUUAUCCAGUCAACUCUCUCCUCUUGACCUGCACCCAUCUCUAAAAAUGUCUCGCCAGCUGGAUGACCUUAAUAUGCGAUGGAAACUUUUGCAGGUUUCUGUUGAUGAUCGCCUUAAACAGCUUCAGGAAGCCCAUAGAGAUUUUGGACCAUCUUCUCAGCAUUUUCUCUCUACUUCAGUCCAGCUGCCCUGGCAAAGAUCCAUUUCACACAACAAAGUGCCCUAUUACAUCAACCAUCAAACACAGACAACUUGCUGGGAUCAUCCAAAAAUGACUGAACUCUUUCAGUCUCUUGCUGACCUGAACAACGUGCGUUUCUCGGCCUACCGUACAGCCAUCAAAAUCCGAAGACUGCAGAAAGCAUUAUGUUUGGAUCUUUUAGAGUUGAGCACCACAAAUGAAGUUUUCAAGCAGCACAAACUGAACCAAAACGAUCAGCUUCUUAGCGUUCCUGAUGUCAUCAACUGUCUGACAACAACCUAUGAUGGCCUGGAACAGAUGCAUAAGGACCUGGUCAAUGUUCCGCUCUGUGUGGACAUGUGUCUCAACUGGUUGCUCAACGUCUACGAUACGGGUCGGACUGGAAAAAUACGAGUGCAAAGUCUGAAGAUUGGGUUAAUCUCUCUCUCCAAAGGUCUCCUAGAAGAAAAGUACAGAUAUCUCUUCAAUGAAGUGGCAGGACCCACAGAAAUGUGUGACCAGAGGCAGCUGGGCCUGUUACUUCAUGAUGCCAUCCAGAUUCCUCGACAGCUGGGGGAAGUGGCCGCCUUUGGAGGCAGUAACAUCGAACCCAGUGUCCGAAGCUGCUUCCAACAGAAUAACAACAAGCCAGAGAUAAGUGUGAAAGAGUUUAUAGAUUGGAUGCGUCUGGAACCACAGUCUAUGGUUUGGUUGCCAGUUUUACACAGAGUGGCAGCAGCUGAGACUGCAAAACAUCAGGCAAAAUGCAACAUCUGUAAAGAAUGUCCAAUUGUUGGAUUCAGGUAUAGAAGCUUAAAGCACUUUAACUAUGAUGUCUGCCAGAGCUGCUUUUUUUCUGGUCGAACAGCAAAAGGCCACAAAUUACAUUAUCCAAUGGUGGAAUAUUGUAUACCUACAACAUCGGGGGAAGAUGUCCGGGACUUCACAAAGGUGCUGAAGAACAAGUUCAGAUCCAAGAAAUACUUUGCCAAACAUCCUCGGCUUGGCUACUUGCCUGUCCAGACAGUCCUUGAAGGUGACAACUUAGAAACUCCUAUCACUCUCAUCAGUAUGUGGCCAGAACACUACGACCCCUCACAGUCUCCUCAGCUGUUUCAUGAUGACACCCAUUCAAGAAUAGAACAGUAUGCCACACGACUGGCCCAAAUGGAAAGGACUAAUGGCUCUUUCCUUACUGAUAGCAGCUCUACCACAGGAAGUGUGGAGGAUGAACAUGCGCUCAUCCAGCAGUACUGCCAGACUCUUGGAGGCGAGUCCCCUGUGAGCCAGCCCCAGAGCCCAGCUCAGAUCUUGAAGUCAGUAGAAAGGGAAGAACGCGGAGAACUGGAGCGGAUCAUUGCAGACCUGGAGGAAGAGCAAAGAAAUCUGCAGGUGGAGUAUGAGCAGCUCAAAGAACAGCACCUGAGAAAGGGGCUUCCUGUGGGUUCGCCCCCAGACUCCAUCGUCUCUCCACAUCACACGUCUGAGGAUUCGGAACUCAUAGCUGAGGCAAAGCUCCUCAGGCAGCACAAGGGUCGGCUGGAGGCGAGGAUGCAGAUUUUAGAAGACCACAAUAAGCAGCUGGAAUCUCAGCUUCACCGACUCCGUCAGCUGCUGGAGCAGCCUGAAUCUGACUCUCGAAUCAACGGCGUCUCCCCCUGGACUUCACCCCAACAAUCUGCACUGAGUUAUUCGCUUGACCAAGACUCAGGCCCACAGUUCCACUCAACAGCGACAGCCUCUGAGGACCUGCUGGCGCCCCCGCAGGACACCAGCACCGACCUCACAGAGGUGAUGGAACAAAUCAACAGCACCUUCCCUUCUUGCUGCCCAAAUCUCCCCAGCAGACCACAGGCAAUGUGAAGUGUUCAUCCAGCCAACCAACAUUUCCUGACUAACAGUAUUGCCCUUUUCAACAAAUGCCAAUCCUAAGUUCCAUUUAAUCGGAAGCUUCAUGGCUCCUUGAAAAUGCUGUUGACCAUUGACUGGGUGUUUGACUUAAGGCGUAAAACACUGACUAUCCAAAGAGAAAAAGGAUAUUUUGUUUAUAUAGUCGUCAUAUAUUAUUGUUUUCUUCUUCCCUUUCUAUGCAACUGUAAAUUAAUGGACAGAGUGGUAUUUGGAAAUGCUAAUACAUUUGUCACUGAUUUGUAUACUGUAUACAGCAUUGGGACAGCGGGUGGGGGCUUUCUAAUAUAAUACCGACUUUUUAAUAACCAUGACAAAAACUUACAUAAGAAUUAGGAGGCAAUUUUACAUUUUUACAUUCCUUCGUAUUAACCUUGUACAUUAACUUUAUUUCUUUGAAUCUUUCACCAUUAUGUUUUGGUUAUUUAUAAUUCAUCAGACACAUGACCAAUAGACUUCCUAUGUUUGUUUCCUUGAUUUGGCCAAAUUAUGAAGUUCAUAUAUUUUGAUUAAAUAUAUGUAUAUGGAUUAGAUUUCAACUGUUUAUACUAUUUAAUUUUAUUUGACAUUAUUCACUUAUUUUUUUAGCAACCACUUGGAUAACCAUGAUAAAAAAAUCCUGUGGGCCUAACUGGCAUUUCUAUUGGGGUUUCUUUUCCUGCAUUUUAUUUCCCUGCUUUGUGUAAGUAGGUCUGGAUUUCUUUAUUUAUUUCAUGUCCCAUCUCUAUGUCUGAGGAUAUUUAAGGCAGGAUGAUAAUAAUCAGUGAACAUCUAACCAAAGGUGCCCAUUUAAACAUAAUUACAUUUUGACACAUAAAGAAAAAAAACAAAAACAAUUUGGCACAACCUCUCCUCACUCUCAGCUCUUCAUUUUUUUUAUCAUUAAAUAAACAGUUUUUCCUUGUUUAAUUGUGAUACCAGAAUAUAUCAACAUCUUUGGUUCCCUUUGGAAAAAAACUCUAUUAUUGCUUAUGUGUAUUGAAACCCAGUAUAAUCAUUUAAAAAUUCCAAGUUAUUUUCUUUCUGAAAGUCGACACAAACUUAAUGCAUGUCUCAUUUUACCUUUUGGGUGAAUGAAUACAUGAUUUAUUUCCCUUCAUUUGUUCAAUACAUUUAGGAAGGAUGCUUAUCAGAAGUCUUUAUCACUUCUUUUAUAGAGAAUGAAAUUGACGUUUAGAUGGUAAUACCCCUUCCUAUAUAUUUGAGUGCAUUUAAUUAAGUACUUUGGUUUAGCUUCUGAUUUAACAUGAAAUGAUUUCAUGAAAACGUGCUUCGUAAUUACCAAAAAUAGAAGAGUCUCCAAAAAAGUGAAAAUAAUAUGUUUUGAAUCACUAAGCUUAAGUGCUUCUAAACAUCAGGGCAUUUUAACUUUGGGUUCUCUUGAGCUGGGAUCUGUCCGGAAGGAGACUUGAAGUUCAGAAUUGCUAUUCUUAUAGAGUAGAUUGGGGGUGGGGGGGAGGUUGGGGGAAAGGGUAUCUAUUUGCAGCAUAGAUAUUUUGAGAAGAAGAAAAUUGUUUUAUAUAAGAGGAAAGCCAUGACCACCUUUCUACCUCAGAUCCUUCUUCAUCCAUUGUGUUGGAAAUAGCUUUUUGCCAUGCAGUUUGCAAAAUCUAGAGCUUUUAUCGGGCCACAUCAUUCCAGAGAAAACACCGAAUUAACGAAAAGAAAUUCCCCUGAACUCUGAAAUACAAGUUGUAGAUUUGGUGUCUCCCUUGUUCUUCCUUUGAAACGUUCUGUAUUUUUUCUGCCUGUAUUUGUGUGUGAUAUGUCCUUUAUCUGCUAUUAAAGAAAAACUACAGUAAACACUACAUUGUAACCUUCUGAGUAAUAAUAAAUAAAAAGAUAUAUUGCAGUAACAACAAGGGGAAAUAAAUAUGUAGUGCUCUUGAAAUAUGUGGUAAAGAACUAAUCAUGGACUAUCAUCUAAUCUGACUCCAUGCUGUAUUUUUCAUCCUGAAUAAAAGUAAUUUUAACACAAGA